CCUUCCACCUUGUUCAUUAGUAGAGAAUGCGGCACCCAAUCAAAGGCUUUGGGAAAAUCUAUGAUUGCGCGUGAGAUUGUUUUAGAAUCCUUUCAACGAAAAGAAUACAGAUUUAUAUCAAGGACCCGGGAGUUUUGGGAAACAGCCUCGAACCCGUGGGUCACUUCAAGACGUCAAGACAGGAUUCCAUUUUGUUUGCAAAUAGAAGGUGAAACCGAUCAAACUCAUAGGUCGAAGCACACCUGUGAGCACUUCACCAAAGGAAUUGCUUGUCAGAAAGUUUGCGAUAGGUGCCAGGAUUGGUAUCAUCAGCGGUGUUCGAACUUAACAAAGCAGGAUUACCAACUUCCCACGAAGCACGAAAUCCUAAAAUGGACGUGCACACGCUGUGCGCAUAGAGCAGCCGACCCAAAACUGAAGGAACCGGUUAUGCGACGCACCAAAAAACAAAAC